GCACCAGUUUCUCUUUCCCUCCCAAAAACUGCACGCGAUCUGCAAAGAUAAUUCUCCCAAUCUCUACCAUCACCUCCAAAAGAUUGUCCAACUCGAAAGGUAUCAUCUCGCCGAUAGUCAUCAUCUAUCUACAAUCUCUUCGGCCUUUUCUUUCCAAGGAAACUACGACCCCGCAUCCCACCCAUACAUCUUUGCAAUCUCUGUCAAGGAACACCAAGAAUCCCGGAGACCUAUAAAUCUUGUGGAGAGAAGGAUCUGAAUUGUUUGUUGGAUUUUUGUAGAGGACUAGAUCUAUCUGCAAGAUGGGUCAGACUCUUUCGGAGCCGGUCGUGGAGAAGGUAUGUUUGCUUUUGCUUGUUUGUUUACCGUGUCAUUGUCGGCGCUGGUAUCUCUUACCCAGGUAUCGCACGUCUGGUAUCCCAUGCCAAUGUUGAGUCUUCCCGCGCCCGCAGUAAUACAAAGACUUUUAUGCUGUUCGGGAAAUGAGGACAGCUUUCUCACAAAAUAUGCCAUAAAGACUCGGUGUGCAGCCGCAAUCUUACUAUCGAGAUUUACCUACCACUUUCCAUGAUUACUAACCUUGUUCUCUCUAUUAGAACUCAGCUAUUGGAGGCGAUGAGAGAUUAGUCUAUGGUGUCUCUUCUAUGCAAGGAUGGAGAAUUAGUAUGGAGGAUGCGCACGCGACUAUUCUUGAUUUACAGAAUACAAAGGGACAGGAAUUUAAGCUAGCUCCAAUCGAAAGCAGACUUUCCUUCUUCGGUGUUUACGAUGGACAUGGAGGAGACAGGGUAGCACUCUUUGCUGGCGACAAUAUACACCAAAUCAUUGCGAAACAAGAAGCAUUUCAAAAGGGUGAUAUUGAACAAGCUUUGAAGGAUGGCUUCCUCGCAACAGAUAGAGCAAUUUUGAUGGGUUAGAAGACCUUCCAUCUUUUAUCAGAAAGGUUACUGAUUCAAGUCGUAGAUCCAAGGUACGAGGAAGAAGUUUCUGGCUGUACCGCAUCCGUUGGUAUCAUUUCGCAUAAGAAGAUUUACGUGGUAUGUUAUAUGGUAUCAAAAGAAAGCCAAAAUAUACUUACUGUUUUCAAGGGAAAUGCCGGAGAUUCAAGAAGCGUUUUGGGAGUCAAGGGUCGGGCUAAGCCUCUGUCAUUCGACCACAAGCCGCAAAACGAAGGUAGCUUUUCAUCAUCUUGAUAAUAUGCUGCACAAAAUACUAAUAUGCAUCUGUGCAGGCGAAAAGGCUAGAAUCAAUGCGGCCGGAGGUUUCGUCGAUUUUGGUCGUGUCAAUGGCAAUCUUGCGUUGUCAAGAGCUAUUGGUGAUUUCGAGUUCAAGAAGAGCGCAGGCCUUUCACCUGAACAACAAAUUGUGACUGCAUUCCCAGACGUUACUGUACAUGACAUUACAGACGAUGACGAGUUCUUGGUGGUUGCUUGCGAUGGUUAGUAGCUUGCGACGAAUCAUUGAGAAAGACAGGCUAACAUAAAUAUACAGGUAUCUGGGAUUGCCAAUCCUCCCAAGCUGUCAUUGAAUUUGUUCGACGAGGAAUCGUUGCCAAGCAAGACCUAUCUAAAAUCUGUGAGAACAUGAUGGAUAAUUGCUUAGCAUCCAAUUCGGAAACUGGUGGUGUAGGUUGUGAUAAUAUGACUAUGAUUAUCAUUGGUCUCUUGAACGGCAAAACUAAGGAAGAGUGGUACGAUGAAAUCGCAAAGCGUGUCGCGAAUGGAGAUGGUCCAUGUGCCCCUCCGGAGUAUGGCAAGUACUCCGCUAGUUCCUAGGAUCGGAAUAUCCCCUAAUAUGUUUACUAGCUGAAUUCCGAGGACCUGGUGUGCAUCAUAAUUUUGAUGACAGUGACAGUGGUUAUGAUGUUGAUAUGGACCAGAAGCUUAAAUCUUUCGGUGGGAACCAACGUGGACGGAUCAUUCUUCUUGGAGAUGGUACAGAAGUCCUCACUGAUUCCGAUGAUACAGAGAUGUUCGAUCACGGCGAGGAAGACAAAGACCUCGUCAGCCAAGUCCCAAAAGGACAACCCCAAUCCGAAGUCCCCGAAUCUAAUGCCUUGCCCGAAAAGCUCGACCCGAAAGAUCCCAAGUACCAAGCUGUAGUCGAUGAGGUUUUACCAAAAACGGCCAACUCGAAGGAAUAGAAGAUACUUCAAAGAUUCUUGAGGUGAAGGAUGGCGAGGGGGGAAGAGGUGAAGAUAUUAAUGACUCGAGAAAUUAUGCAGACCAGAUUCAUCUUGAUGAAUGAUUAUUUUUGCAAUUAUGUCUGGAAUAGAAAGAAACGGUUGCAAGUUGUUUACGUUUUUACUGGCAAAGCGUGAGAUACAUUCACGUGCUGCGAGAUCUUCUGGGAGUCUUCGUGAAUGCUCAGAGGGAUUAGGGAGGAUGGGAUGAAGGAAGGCAUAAAGGUUAUGAAUACUUUAUAUCUGGUAAACAUUUUUGGAGAUCCCCUUGGUGGUGGCUUCUCCUUCUCCAUGAAAUUUCUCGAACUUACGAUCUUCACACGCAGCGAGUUAUAUUAUCAUUGGUCAUGAGUCCACCAUCUUUUCCAUUUUACAUUACAGAUAGACUAGUAAGGCCAAGUUGCAUUGCAUUACUUUUGAAAAAUCACCAAUUGAUUGAUAUCCUGAUUAAA